GGGAGACGUCACGCGGCACACCUACUAGCGUGUUUGUAGUAGGCGGCAAGGCAAGCGAGAGUAGGCGUUAGUCUUGUGCGCGCUUCCUCAGUCGCCUGAGGGGAAGGGCAAAAGACUCCUGCGCCGAAAUGUAACCUUCGAUGCCCAUUUUUUUUCUCCGCUCCAGCCUUCGGGCGUGAAUUAGAAACCUCGGCGGUUUCUGGUGUGUUCUUUGGGGGAGCUUUCGAAAUGAAGCGUCGCUCGAGACCGCGCCAGCUGCCUCACGGGACCAACUCUGUUGCGGUCCUAGCUAGGCUCGGGGACCGUCCGUCCGUCCCGUACCACUGUAUUGACCGGUCGUCCCGGGUGUAAGGCGGUCCAACGAGAGCCCUCCGGGCUCGGGAAUACCCGCGCGGGAGGCUUCCUGCUGCUGCUGGUGGUGGUGGUGGCCUCUCCAGCUGCGUCCUUCUCGCCCGCUCCUUGCCUUAGAUGCGGCGGCGGCCAGGAUGGCGCCCAGAAGGACUCAAUCACGCAAGCAGAUUUUUGCAUCAAAAUCGUGAAACAAGAAUGCAGUAAAAUACAAGGAGUUGAAAAGUUGGAACAGAUGGAGAAUACCAAAGAUGUUCCUUGCCCAAGGCGUCACCAGAUAUAAAGCUAGCCUUUGAUACAUCAGACCAUUAUAUUUAUCUGCCACCAAAACACCUGGCCAGAAGGAACUGGUUUGUUGUUGUUAUGUGCCUCCACGUCGACUACGACUUAUGGUGACCCUAUGAAUCAGCGACCUCCAAUAGCAUCUGUCAUGAACCAACCUGUUCAGAUAUUCCUUGGACUCAUGGUGUUUCUUUGGGUUCUGACAGCUGCUAUUGAAACAGAAGUCAUUGGCUUAAUAGGAAAUGCUGUUGAACUGAGAUGCCGUUAUCCUGGCAAAGAAGAAUUCAUCUCAGAUGAUUUCCGAGUAAUAUGGCAAGAACAAGGAAAAGCCUGCUUCAUAGAUGCCUAUCGUCCUGAUCAAAAUAUGACUGUUUAUCGUGCAAAAAACCAGUGCGAAGACUACAAAGAGAGGACUAAGUUUAAUGAGCAAUUGGAGCAGGGCGACUUUACUCUGCAGCUGUUACAGAUCAGUCCCAAAGAUGAGUUCACAUAUGACUGUAUGGUACAGAAGAAGAACAAACAUGGAGCAUUUGAAGUGUAUUAUAAAGAAAGCAAAACCCUCAAAGUGGCAGCAAAUUACAGCAAACCAGUGCUAACAGGUCCUGUGCAUUCUGGAGAAGAAAUGACAUUUACUUGCAAUUCUAGCCACGGAUACCCACAACAAAAGGUUUACUGGAUAAAUCAAACUGACAGUAGCCUCUUGAAUGCAACGGAACAGUUCACUAGAGAGACUGAUGGGAUGUACAGCGUUUUCAGUACGUUAACAGUUAAAACAGCUUCUGAUAUAAAGUUAGGAUGCAUAAUUGAAAAUGAGCGGCUGCACCAAAAUCUAACUACCACCAUUGACAUAAGCAGCCGUACUACAGACAGCCCUCAAAUGGAUUUCAACCAACAAAAUGGAAAAGCUACACUUCUGGGUUCUGUUACAGCUGUCAUCAUAGUAAUUCUUGUAAUUCUUCUUAUCAUCCUCUACACGUGGUGGAGGAGAAAGAAGCCUUCUCUUCAAAAUACAUAUUCUGGUAUCUGUAAAAAUGAAGCAGCAGCAAAUCACAGUGCUCCUGUUGAAAUAGAAAACAAUGAACUCAGACUGCUGGAGUAGUGCUACUGCAAGACAUUCUCUUGAAGACUGGUGGUUGUGUGUCUUUUGUAUCUGCAGUAGUCGAGCAUGGACUGGAGCAAAACACUUAUACCUGGUCUUAUGCACUGCCAGCACCACACUAGAUUUCCCAUUCUGCUGGUGAAAGGCAGAAUUCUACCUGACGUAUGACUGAAGGAACAAGACCGUGCUAUAAAAUCAGUCCACUGAGUGAAACCCAGAAGGUCACACUUCCUUGGAUGCAGGACAGGACACAUUCUAUGGGGAAGCCAAUACGUACAUUCAAGUUUUCUGAGGACUGCUUCACUUGUUAACAAGGUUUUUGGUAAUGAAAAAUUUAUGGAGGAUUGAUUUGUCAAAGCCAUGAUGGUUAUAAGGAGUUUCUGGUUCUGAGACAGUAUAUGCAACUGAAUGCCAAUUGCUGGGCAGCAGUGAUGUAGGAGGCCUAUUGCUGACUUGCCCUUCUUGUGGCCUUCCUGAAGGCAUGUGACUUAUCUCUAUGGGAAGUAGGGUGCUGGAUGAGAUGGGCGAACCUUUUGGUCUGAUCCAGAAGAGUAGUUUUGUUCUAAAGCUUGAUGGAGGUAGAGGGGCAGACCACUCCUGAGCUGAAUCUUCCAGUGGCAUAGAAUGGGAGAAACACAUAGGGAAGCAGUCCCCAAAUGUUAGGUCCAGAAGUCUAGUCAUGUAGGACAAACAAACACCAGGCAGCUGCCCACUUAAAAAGAUGGAAGAUAUGGUCUUCUGAUACCAUCGUUAGGUAGGUAGCCAGGCCUGCUCAUCAGUUGGGAAUAUGAUACUCUGCACCAGCCAUUACCAGCAUUUAUCACUUUGUGGGCCAAGUUAGGCCACGUUUCCUCUGUCAAUUAAAUAGCUUCAUUCCAAUCUGAAACUUAACAUGUGCAGUUUAACUAUGUGGGAAUAAUUUUCACUGCGAGUAAUGCAACUAUUAAAGGCAAAGAAGCCCUGUCAGAAAAUAAAAGGUCGCAAAUAAAUUGUUGCUGGUUCUUCCUAUUAUAUAUUUCACUCAAAAGUAGGGUGGUCAGCCAAAUUUUGUCAUUGCAACAAUAACAAAUGUAAUGCUUCAAAAGUGAAUGCAUUGCAUUUCCAGAGGCUUCUCAAGAGCAGUCUUAGUGGGCCUACAUCUUGCUUCAGUACAGUUGCAAAUUCUAAAGAAGAAGAUUGGUUGUGAGACAUGCAAGAUUACAAAGAUAGGUACUUGUAAGUCCUAGAUUUAGGAUUUUAUCCAAAAUUGUAUAUGAAUGUGAUGUGUAUUUUCAGGUCUUGAACACAUGAGAGGUGUACAACCAACUUAAGGGCAGGGGUCUACUCUGUGCAUGCUUCCAUGUGGGCAGGGUACACAUAAACUGUUGAUGAUUUUAUGUUGCCAUCAUGCUAACUCUGAAUCUGGGAGAUUUGAUGGCAAGGAAGAUGAGAUGAGAGCACAGAAAAUUGUGAUACAUGCUUUAAUCUGGUUUUUUUAAGUCAAAUUGGAUUAUUUUUCUGAACAUUUUAUGCCAUGCUUAGACAACCUGGCAUUAGAAAGGGGCAAUUUUAGCCAACUGUGUUGACUGUAGCUUCACUCUUGGAAGGUAAAUGCUGGGAUUUUCUGGAUCUCAUUUGUGCUUUUCAAGUAAAAUCUCCAUAAAAGUCAGGAUGCCUUUGUAUUAAUCAACACAGCUGACUUUUUGGCAUGAUAAACCAAAAUUUAUUUAGCUGUAUGUUCCUGACUUCUGUGGUUAUUGAAUUGAUAAAUUAGGUAUACUCUUGAGAAUAUACUUUAAAUUUUGGCCUUGAUCAAUCCAGAAGACUUGCAUUCAUUUUUUAGAGAUCUAGCAGAACUUCACUGAUGUUGCAUCUUAUAACUCAAUCUUAAAAAUUUGGAAAAGUAUUUCAAUUAUUUCUAAGUAAACUUGCUUAAAAAACUACCUUAAAAGGACCAUUCCUUUAUAUUCUGCAGUUGUUGUACAUAUGUACAUAUUGUACAGCAGAUUAGUUGAAAAUUCUUAUGAAAAUACUUUAUUUUACUUUAUAUACCUGUGGAGAGACUACUUGCCUUACAAAAAUGGAGAUUUUUCUUUGUUUUUAAAGGUUUUCUUUAUAGGAAGUGACUCCCAAUCUUAUUUUUUUGUUUCUUCCCAAAUCUGUAAGAUGUGAAUAAUUCUGCAAUAUGUUUGAUGUGAAUAAUUCUGCAAUAUGAAUGUGAUGGAUAUUUUGGUCACUUCCUUUCCAAGCACCGUGUCCUGUUUUUUGUCUUGUUUAAUGUGAUAUGUCCCCUGAAAUGACAUAUCCUUGUGUCAGAAUAGCAGACGUGGAUUUGAUAGGAUUGUUUGUCGGGUACAGGCUUUGCAGAAACAGCAGUGAUGGACACUACACGUGUACACAGUUCUAAUAAUGUAACUUUGAUGAAAUGAGUUUUACACACGCAGUUCAACCUGUCCAGAAAUUUCAAACAAGUUGAAAUGAUACUUCUGCUGCCACCAGCAGAAGAAAAACAAGAAUCUUCUAGUUAUAAACACCCUUGCCAUUCAUUUGCUUCAGAUGUCUUGUAAAGUCUUACCUUUUUGUGCAGGCUUUCCCUGAUCCAUAAGAUGGGACCCUGCAUCACAGUAUUUCUGCAUGGCAUGUUUUAUCUCUGGUUUUUAUGACAUGGUUUCAGUGUAUGUAUACUUUGUACAUUUGUACACUACUUGGAAAUUUUAAAAAAUAUCCAGCACUUUAGAAGUACUUUUAAAUAAAUCUAAGCUUCUCCUUAGGAGAUGCUGGAA